AUAGUGAUUGAUCAGUGAUAAGCGUAAUAAAGGUUAUGGUUGUAUCUUAAAUUCAUUACAAACAGAUGCUAAUAAAAUUAAUCAUAAUUUAUUUAGAUUACAUACGCAUAUUUUAUAGAGAUUAAAAACACCGUUUCCUUUUGAAUAAAAUGAAAGAAGACGAACCAGUGGAAAACAAAAAUAAUGUAAUCAAGAGCCGGGAGAUACUUUACAGGCUUAUUAUAAGUCAAUUAUUGUACGAUGGAUAUCAAUCCAUAGGAUCCAGCUUAACAGCUGCUGUGCAGGCUGACCCUCCUUGCCCACCAAGUGAUAGACUAAUGCAUAUUGUUCAAGCAGGGUUGGAUCAUGAACCUGAACGAAAAGAUAGGCCACACAAUCAUGGUAUUGGAAACAAUAACAUUGGCCCAGGUUUAGAUUUGGAGUUUGAGACUGAAGCAAAUUUGCCAGCUCCUGAGCCUGCAUUGUAUGAGACUGCUUAUGUUACUUCACAUAAGGGUAAUUGCAGAGCAGGUUGUUUUUCUAGUGAUGGACAGCUAAUCGCAACUGGAAGUGUCGAUGCCAGUAUAAAGAUUUUAGAUGUGGAUCGUAUGCUUGCUAAAUCAGCUCCUGAUGAAAUGGAUCCUUCCAGAGGAGAGCAGCAAGGUCACCCUGUCAUACGAACUCUUUAUGAUCACAUGGAAGAAGUUACAUGCUUAGAGUUUCAUCCCAAGGAACCGAUAUUAAUAUCAGGAUCAAAGGAUCUGUAUAUAAAGCUUUUUGACAUUUCAAAAGCAAGUGUUAAAAAGGCCUUCAAAACAAUAACAGAAGCAGAACCAGUGAAAUGUUUUUCAGUUCAUCCGGGGGGCGACCACUUAAUAGUUGGUACCCACCAUCCAGUUAUAAGACUGUAUGAUCUUAAUACAUCUCAAUGUUUCGUAUGUAGUGUCCCGUCUCAUCAACAUACUCAAAUGGUCACCUGUAUAAAGUGGUCAUCGGAUGCCAGAGUUUUCGCUACCAGCAGUAAAGAUGGCAGCAUAAAAAUAUGGGAUGGAGUAUCGAAUAAAUGCAUUAACACGUUUCAAAAGGCACACGACGGACUUGAAGUAUGUUCUGUGGCAUUCUCUCGAAACGGAAAAUAUUUACUUACGUCUGGAAAAAAUUCCAUCUGUAAAUUGUGGGAAUUGACCACAAGUCGAUGCCUCAUAGCUUAUACAGGAGCAGGAACAACAGGAAAACAGGAAUACGAAGCUCAAGCAGUGUUCAACCAUACAGAAGAUUAUGUCUUAUUUCCUGAUGAAGCGACCACCUCAUUAUGUGCAUGGAAUUCAAGAAACGCUUCCAGGAAACAGCUUUUAUCUUUGGGCCAUAACGGUGCGGUGCGACUAAUUGCGCACUCGCCCACUCAAGCUGCAUUUUUAACUUGUUCUGAUGACUUUAGAGCAAGAUUUUGGUACAGAAGAACACCAAUUCUAUAAUUAUUACUUUAUUGAAAAAUGCCUGUCACAUGAUGCUUGGUGUGCUUCUUAUUAUACCUAAGGAUUUUAAAUGGCGACGCGAGACCAUCGCAGAGACACAGAAGUUAAAUGUUAUUUCUUAUUAUUGCACAGCUUAAGAUUAUUAAGUAAAAAAAGAUUGUGCGUUUAUGUAAAAGAUAUUCUGACUGUUUUUUAAAAAGUUUUGUAUGAACAAAUCUAAUAAAAUACUGAUCAGUUAAAUCUAUUUUA